ACAUAGCACGAUUGUGCAUAUGACAGAAUCAGUCUAGUUUUGCCUGUUAUGGAAGUAUCGUUGACGCUUAAUUGACACAUGUCAUAAAUUAAACAAGAUAAGUUAAACAAAAGACAUUAAUGUACAUUAUUGUGAUACUUAUUGCAUUUCUUUUAUAAUGGGUUUGGGAGAUACAUAUAAUUAUUUGUUCGUAGAAUCAUCGCUUCCAUACACUCGCGAAUGGCCACUCAUAUCUUCACCACUUCCACUAAUACUAAUAAUUUUCGGAUAUUUAUAUUUUAUUCUCUAUGUUGGACCUUGUUACAUGAAAAAUCGACCGCCAUUUGAAUUGAAAACUUUUAGAUUAAUUUAUGACAUGAUUCAAAUUUUAGUAAACUUAUGGUCUGUAAAAGAGCACAUAUCUGCCGGUUGGUUUGUGGAAUUUAAUUUUGUGUUUUUUACAUGUGGGGAACGUCAUGCGAUGCCUAUUAAUGCGAAUAAAAUAUUCAACCUAGUAUGGUGGCUAUUAAUUCUAAAAAUUUUUGAUCUCGUCGAAACCUGCAUAUUUGUAUUAAGAAAGAAACAAAACCAAGUCUCUGGUUUACAUGUGUAUCACCAUAUAUCUAAUUUGACGUUUGGCUGGUAUUACUUAAAGUAUAUAUUGGAUGAAAGAGCGACAUUUAUUUCACUAAUUAAUUGUGCCGUGCAUGUAAUUAUGUAUACCUACUAUUUCAUCACUACAUGGAGUCUGAAAGCUCAACAAAUGGUAUAUCCCAUUAAACCAUAUAUAACUAAUAUUCAAAUGGUGCAAUUUAUUGUUAUCAUAAUAAUACUGUUACAACUAUUUAGUCCUAAUUGCGAAGUAGGAGUUACAACAAUAAGAGCAGCACCUUUCUUUAUUGGAAAUUUAUUAAUAUUUCUGUAUUUAUUCUAUGAUUUUUAUAAAAAAAACUACACGAAAUCAUCUAAACGGAAAAAUAAUUAACAUCAAAGAGCGAUGUCGUAUUUAAUAUUAUUUAAGCAGAGCGAAUAAUAUUAAUUUAAGCAAAUAAUAUUAAUUAUAUAUUAUAUAUGUUCCAAAUAAUGUUGGAACACAUCGAUCGAAACAAACAGUAAUUCACGGUUAAAUCUGGAGAAAAUUCAUAAGAAUUUUUCAAUUGCCUGAAGCAUAUAUGACAUCUUUCAUCUUUUUUCGACAUAUGUAUGAUCAAAUAUUGUUGUGCUGUGAAAUAAAAGACAAAAACUAAUUAAAAAGAUUAUUUUUGCAUUGUUUUUUUUACAUUAAGUUUAAAGA